AUGAAGAAGCAAUGGGAGCUGCACCUCAGUCAGUGUUGAUUGCGAUCGUAUUAAGUGUGUGUCAUUGCUCAUUUUCGUACACUCCUCGCUGCUCCACUCACAAAAUUGUGAACGAGGUUCCACUGACGCCACUCGAAGGGGAGAUAGUUAAGAAAGUCAGGGAACUCGUUUCAGAGAACGGGACUGAUGGAGUCAUUACAUCGAAGAACUUGGUCAGCCUACUUGGAAGGCUUAGAGAGCAGUAUGUGCAACUCGAAGAGAACUUGAAGGUCCAAGGCAUUCUCAUCCAUAAUCUUAAAAUGUUGGAGAGCUUCUACAAACAAAUAAGCGAACUAAAAAGUAAUGCAAUCAAGGAAAUCGAAAAGGAUUUACUUGAGUGCUCAAAAAACCUAGGAACAUCACAGAUUAAAGACGUCGAGAUCGAGAACUUUAAGCUCCUACUAAGCCAGAAUGCUAAUACGCUGACCAGGUUGGAGUUAGGACUGAACACCUGUCACACUACUCUGCUUGCAAAUGAGGAACUGAUUAACCUCCUUCAACCAACUACUAAGCCCACGGAUCAUCCAGGGAAUGCUGUUACCUUAAAAUCAGAUAUAAACGAUUCCUUAGAUUCUAGGCAAAGUGGCUGCGCUUUAUUUGGCAAUUUUACCGGAGUGCAAUCCAUCCAAGUGCCUUCGCUUGGAGAUGUAGAAGUCUAUUGCAAUAGCCUUCUGGCGGGAUCUGGUUGGAUUGUAAUCCAGAGACGAGAAAAUGGCAAGACCAACUUCAUCCGCAAGUGGAAUGAAUAUCGGGAGGGUUUUGGGAACAUAACGGGAGAGUUCUUUAUCGGACUGCAAAAGCUCCACCAACUCACCAAAUCGGAGCAGUAUGAGCUACACAUUCAGUUGGAAGACUUUGAGGGAGAGCAGAGAUUUGCUCGCUACGAUCGGUUUGAGGUGGACGAAGAGGACUCUGGCUAUGCACUCGCAUCCCUUGGAAAGUACACGGGCAAUGCUGGUGAUGCACUUACCCAUAAUCUACAUGCCAGGUUCAGUACUUACGACGAGGACAGCCCUGAAAAAUGCGCAGCUAAGCGGGAAGGUGCCUGGUGGUACGGAGACAGAUGUGGUGCCAGCAAUCUGAAUGGCAUCUAUUCGGAAGGAGAUCAAGUAUACGACUACGACGGCGUUGGAGUCUACUGGAACACUGCCGAAUGGCACGACUUCACCUAUUCCCUUAAGACGGUACACAUGUUGAUAAGGCCGAAGGGAAAUUAAGGAAAAAAGUGUAAAACGCUUAUGGCGUUUGCUGCUCUGACCUUGGAAAAACGCACUAUCGUUUUCCUGAAGUACGCAAAGUAAGUAAUGAAUGCGCUUCAACAAAAUAAAGGGAAUGUCUCGAGAGAAAAAUAAUGUGUA